UUUUAAUUGAUUUUGGUUAAGAGCUAGAACAAAAAAUUCACUAGAAAUCCAAACUCUGCUGUCCUUAAAUGGUUUUUAUGCCCUUCAAACCAAAAUUGAACUAUUCAUAAAUUUUAAUAAUUUCGGCUAACCCAUUGUCCUUAAUAAGUUUGGUUUGGUUAUGAGGGAAAGUAAGCUCAUCAGUAUUCUAUAUUUUGUGAUUAGUUGUUUGGUUAAUCAAACCGAACUAUUUUACCAUCCCUAGUCUUUGCUCGUCUGAAUAUGAAGUUUACUUGGUGAUGAGUUGCUUAGUAUUUUCAUGUGAUGAAUUGAGGCGUGAAUGAUUUUGACUAUGACGUGUUGAGUUCAGAUUUGGAUUGAAUUGAGUGCUAACACUGAGAGAGUUAGCAAAUUUGUUCGGAAAGAAUCUUUAACCUAUCACAUAAUCUCGUCCUAAUCUCGUCCUAACAGCAAUGAAACGACGAAGAUUAAGAAUUUGAUGAAAAUGUAUUAUUUUUGUCAAGGAAUUUGAUAAAAACGUAUGAAAGUAGAAAAAUACUAGUACUGAAAUGAAGAGAAGGAAAUUGCGGCCUGAAAAGCUAUAUGGUGGAAUCGCCCGACGAGAAAAAUAGGCACUUGGUGGUUGUUUCACCGGGGGGUAAUUUGCCUCGCUCUGGGGCUGUUGAAGGAGGAAGCCGAUGAAGAUUGACGGUCACCUCUACCAACUCCAGUUUUUACUCCUCUGUAUAAAAAAAAGCCACUCCUUUUCGCCAUAUUUGCACUCCAUACCAUUCUCCAAUUUCCUAAUCUGUGAUCUCAGUCCUUCUCUUUCUCCCCCACAAUUUCCCGGUCCCCCAUCCCCCCUCUCACUUCUCGUUUGUUUCCCGGGAAAACGCGCCAUGAAGGUGAUUGACAAGAUAAGGUCAGCUGUGGGGGACGGAACGGCGGCCGUCAAUGGCAGCAACAACAGCAAUGUUGUGUUCUCCUUCGAGUUCUUCCCGCCGAAGACGGAAGACGGCGUCGAGAAUCUCUUUGAGAGGAUGGACCGCAUGGUGGCUUACAAUCCUACUUUCUGCGACAUCACAUGGGGUGCCGGAGGCUCCACCGCCGAUGUCACCCUCGACAUCGCCAACAGGAUGCAGAAUUCCAUCUGCGUCGAAACCAUGAUGCAUCUCACAUGCACCAACAUGCCGGUGGAGAAGAUCGACCACGCGCUCGGCACAAUCAAAUCCAACGGCAUUCAGAAUGUUCUCGCUCUCCGCGGUGAUCCCCCGCACGGCCAGGACAAGUUCGUCCAGGUCCAAGGCGGAUUCGCCUGCGCUCUCGACCUGGUGAAGCAUAUGAGAUCCAAGUAUGGAGAUUACUUCGGCAUAACUGUUGCUGGCUAUCCAGAGGCUCAUCCGGAUGUGAUCGGAAGUGAUGAUUUGGCCACGCCAGAAGCUUACCAGAAAGAUCUUGCUUACUUGAAGCAGAAGGUUGAUGCUGGGGCUGAUCUGAUUGUUACUCAACUGUUCUACGAUACUGAUAUCUUCCUCAAAUUUGUCAAUGACUGCCGCCAAAUUGGAAUCACCUGCCCAAUUGUUCCUGGCAUCAUGCCUAUCAACAACUACAAGGGAUUCCUUCGCAUGACCGGCUUCUGCAAAACUAAGAUACCAGCUGAGAUCAUGGCUGCAUUGGAGCCUAUCAAGGACAACGAGGAAGCUGUCAGGGCAUAUGGAAUUCAUCUUGGAACAGAAAUGUGCAAGAAGAUUAUCGCUCAUGGGAUUAAGACUGUGCAUCUUUACACUCUAAACAUGGAGAAAUCGGCUCUAGGAAUACUGAUGAGUCUUGGCUUAAUUGAAGAGUCCAAGAUCUCAAGGUCUCUGCCUUGGAGGCGUCCUGCAAAUGUUUUCCGCGUGAAAGAAGACGUCCGUCCAAUAUUUUGGGCUAACCGUCCAAAGAGCUACAUAUCAAGGACAGUUGGCUGGGACCAGUACCCACAUGGAAGAUGGGGUGACUCUGGUAAUCCAUCCUAUGGUGGUUUGAGUGAUCAUCAGUUCAUGCGGCCACGAGCACGUGACAAGAAGCUUCACCAAGAGUGGGCUGUCCAGCUAAACAGUGUUGAUGAUAUCUAUGAGAGGUUCAAGAGUUUCUGCCUUGGAACCUUGAAGACCAGCCCAUGGUCAGAACUGGAUGGGCUUCAGCCAGAGACAAAGGUCAUUAAUGAACAACUUGGCAAGAUUAACUCCAAGGGGAUCUUAACAAUCAACAGCCAGCCAGCAGUCAAUGGGGAGAAGUCUGAUUCCCCAAAUGUCGGUUGGGGAGGCCCAGGAGGGUAUGUAUACCAAAAGGCAUACCUCGAGUUCUUUUGCUCGAAGGAGAAGUUGGAUGCCCUGGUUGGCAAGUGGAAGGUCAUCCCUCAACUCACUUACAUUGCUGUGAACAAAAGUGGGAACUCGAUCUCAAACGUCAAGAAUGGCAGUGUGAAUGCCGUGACAUGGGGAGUGUUCCCAGCCAAGGAGAUUCUCCAGCCGACCGUCGUAGAUCCCACCAGCUUUGGUGUGUGGAAGGAUGAGGCUUUCGAGAUCUGGUCAAGAGGCUGGGCUUCCUUGUACCCUGAAGACAACCCCUCCAGAAAACUGCUGAAAGAGGUGGAGAGCAGCUACUACUUGGUCAGUCUAGUAGACAACAACUACGUCAACGGUGACAUUUUUGCUGCGUUCGCAGACUUAUAAUGGCGAGAUCGAUAGAGAGAGCUUCAUCGACUCUCAAAACACUUGCCAAAGAAGCGGAGGUAGUAAAAGCAACCUCCAAUGGCAGAAAUCUUGUACCGGAAUGUUUUGAGUUCUUCAUUCGAGAGCGCGCUCUUUUUUGAUUGCUUGCUGCGUCAAGAUUAUCAUUCGUGUUGUUUGUUUGUACGAAUAAAACUUCUUCCCCCCUCCAGUCAUCCAACUGUCUUCUGUUGCUGGCUUGUUGUAUGAGUGAUUAAUUAUGGCGAUUUGAUUGAAUACCAGAUCUGUUGGCAUCGAAGCCUUUUAUCUCUCAUUUACUGAACGGUAAAAGUACAUGUGAUUUGCUAUAUGCUUCCACUCGUAAUGUCAUUUUAAGCUCGGUCUCAAAUUUCAGUUGUAUUAUGAAUAAAUAAGAUAAGCAAUU